AUGUCUUCGAAGUUAAUACACGUGCCUCUUGAUCCGCUGGAUCACUUGCCACGGCCGACCUACAUACCAAAUGCCUUUUAUUUUAGCAUCAAGCCUACAGUUAGCCCAGAGCAAGUAUUCAAACAUCUACAAGAAGGUUUAUAUCGAGCCUUCUUACAAGUCCCAUGGAUGAAUGGAAGGGUACACCACCAGUCUUCGGACACUCCUGGCUGGCGUCCAGGACAGCUUGAGAUUCGAUAUGACCCAGACGUCGAAAGUACGGACAACCAGAGAUGCCCGCAAUUCAAGUUCAACGAGCUCAAGUCAGAUGCUCCUUACGAUGACCUUAAAGCGCGAGGAUUUCCACUUGAUGUAUUUACCGAUGAGGAAGUGCUUUGGAUCCCGCCAUCUUAUGUGAACAGCGGAGUUCCAGAUAAGGGUGUUGAAGUGGUAGCUGCACAGGCCAACUUUAUGCCAGGAGCUUGUAUCCUGGUCAGCUCGAUGCAUCACUCGGCAUGUGAUGCCACGGGAAUGGCUCUAUUUUUCAAGCUUUGGGGUGAUAAUUGCCGCGUCCUAAGCUUGCAAUCCCAAGGAAAACCCAUUCCUCUUCCAUCAAUGUCAUCAGACAACUGGGAUCGAACCGUUUUACGCCGUCUCUGGACCAAGGAAGCGAAAGAAUAUUCCGCCAUGAAGACUGAGCCAUCAAUAUUCCCUCUUAUUGGCCUUGACCGCGGAUCAGGUGACAAAGAUCCCUUCCCACUUGGCCGUGAUAGACUGCCUCUGCGCGACAACAAAAUGAGCACUCGAGUCUUUUACAUGUCGCCAAUGUCGUUUAAAAAGCUUGUGAAACAAAUCACGAACUCAGGCGCGGCAGAAUUUUCCGGAAACGAUGUCCUCGUCGCAUUGCUUUGGCAAAACCUUAUGAAAGCCCGAAUAGCUGCUAGAAAGAAGCAGGGAUCAGACGUCGCGAUGGAUCUGGACUCUUUGGCUGAACUGCAAGUAGCCCAAGAUGCUCGACCAUACUUCUCGCAAGAACUGCCGCCGUUCUAUGUAGGAAAUUGUUGCGUCCACCAUCGCCCUACCAUUCCCCUCGGACAACUGGUCGGCCCUGACUCAAGCACCGCCGCAGUUGCUCAAGCUAUUCGUGAUAGCGCGCGCAUUGUCGGCCACGAGACUACAAUGGACGCGUAUAAUCUAUUGCGCCAAAUACCAGACUAUGCUCGUUUGCAACCGUUGCGCUUUUUAACUGUGAAAGAUACGUUUACGAUAUCGUCGUUACUGCUGCUUCCAGAGGUCACUCCAAGUUUCGGAGACAAUGUAUUCCUUAACGGAGGCUGCCCUGAGGGGUCGCGCCCACUGAUGAGUAAUCGCAAUAAAUCACAAGUGCCAGUGAGCUACGUUAUGCCCAGGAAAAAGAAUGGAGGUAUUGAGUUUACACUCAGCUUAUUCGAAGACGAGUGGCCCUUCUUACUCGCAGACAAGGAGUUUGGGCGAUAUGCGCUGCUGAUGGCGUGA